GUGAUGAAGGCGCUCUGGAAGCACCAGUUCGCCUGGCCCUGCCGCCAGCCCGUGGACGCCGUUAAGCUCGGCUUGCCCGAUUAUCACAAGAUCAUCAAGCAGCCCAUGGACAUGGGCACCAUCAAGCGGCGCCUGGAGAACAAUUACUACUGGGGGGCGGCCGAGUGCAUGCAGGACUUCAACACCAUGUUCACCAACUGCUACAUCUACAACAAGCCCACGGAUGACAUCGUGCUGAUGGCGCAGACGCUGGAGAAGGUUUCCCCCAUUUUCCCAGGAAUUUUCGUGAUCCCAAGGGAUUUUCCCUGUUUUCCAGCUCUCCUGGCGGGUCUGACCGGCGCCGCCCAGCAGAAAAAGGGCGUGAAGCGGAAAGCCGACACCACCACUCCCACCACCACGGCCAUCAUCGCCACCACCGCCGCCGCCGCCGCCGCCGCCGCCGGCGAAUCCUCGCCGCCCGGCGCCGAAAACGCCAAAUCCGCCAAAAUCCCGGCGCGGCGCGAGAGCGGCCGUCCCAUCAAACCGCCCCGGAAGGACCUGCCCGAUUCCCAGCAGCACCAAACGUCCAAGAAAGGGAAACUCUCGGAGCAGCUCAAGUACUGCAACGGGAUCCUCAAGGAGCUGCUCUCCAAGAAGCACGCCGCCUACGCCUGGCCCUUCUACAAACCCGUCGACGCCUCGGCGCUGGGGCUCCACGACUACCACGAGAUCAUCAAGCACCCCAUGGACCUCAGCACCAUCAAGCGGAAGAUGGAGGUUCGGGAGUUCCGGGACGCGCAGGAGUUCGCGGCCGACGUCCGGCUGAUGUUCUCCAACUGCUACAAGUACAACCCGCCCGACCACGACGUGGUGGCCAUGGCCCGCAAGCUGCAGGACGUGUUUGAGUUCAGCUACGCCAAGAUGCCGGACGAGCCGCAGGAUCCCGGCGCCGCGUCGGCGCCGCUGCCGGCGGCCAAAUCCUCGUCCGAGGAAUCGUCCAGCGAGGAGGAGGAGGAGGAGGAGGAGGAGGAAGAGGAGGAAGAGGAGGAAGAGGAGGAUGAGGAGGAGGAGGAGGAGAGUUCCACGGAAACGAGCUCCGAGAGCGACGAGAGCUCCGACUCCGAGGAGGAGAGAGCGAACCGGCUGGCCGAGCUGCAGGAGCAGCUGCGGGCGGUGCACGAGCAGCUGGCGGCGCUCUCGCAGGGCCCCGUGGCCAAGCCCAGGAAGAGGCGGGAGAAGCGGAAGAAGAAAAAGUCGGAAAAGCACAAAGGGAGAACGGGACCCGACGAGGAGCGGCCACGGCCGGGGCAGCUGCGCAGGGCCCGCAGGAACGGGGCUGGAACGGGCUCCAGGAAAUCCUCCAAAACCUCCAAGAAAUGCUCCAAGCCGCCUCUCCCCUUGGCGCCCUCGUCGCUGCUGGACUCGGAGGAGGAGGAGGAGCCGCGGCCGAUGUCGUACGACGAGAAGCGGCAGCUGAGCCUGGACAUCAACAAACUCCCCGGAGAAAAGUUGGGACGCGUCGUUCACAUCAUCCAGGCGCGGGAACCGUCCCUGCGCGACUCCAACCCCGAGGAGAUCGAGAUCGACUUCGAGACGCUCAAAGCGUCCACGCUGCGCGAGCUGGAGCGCUACGUGCUCUCGUGCCUCAGGAAGAAACCCCGCAAGCCCUACAGCGAGACCCUGAAGAAGCCGGUGGGGAAGACGAAAGAGGAGCUGGCGCUGGAGAAAAAACGGGAAUUGGAGAAGCGGCUCCAGGACGUCAGCGGGCAGCUCAACUCGGCCAAAAAACCCCCAAAAAAGGCCAACGAGAAGCCGGAGUCGGCGGCGGCGGCGGCGUCGCGGCUCAGCGCCUCCAGCUCCAGCUCCGACUCUUCCUCCUCCUCCUCCUCCUCCUCCUCCUCCGACACCAGCGACUCCGACUCCACCUGAAUUCCCGGAAAAAAUUCCCGGAAAAACCCCGCG